AUGUUGGAUGAUGUGAAUCCAUACGUCAACACUUAUAGAUCAGCAAGAGACAGGUUCAACACAAAUCCGGAUGAAACUUUUCAUAUGAGGAUAGUUAGUAGUCGUGAAAAGGAUGGGAGGACGUACAACACACCAACAGCAUCUGAAGUAGCUGCUUUGAUUCCUGGAGAUUUCAAUUUGGAAAUGGAUCAUCGUGAUAUUGUUGUUCAAGCAAAAUCUGGUGAACUACAAAGGAUAAGUGAAUUGCAUAUCUCUUAUCUAGCAUUACAAUAUCCCUUAUUAUUUCCUUAUGGAGAGGAUGGUUACAGACUUGGAAUUGAAAAAGGGCAUUCAAAAGUGGGAAGGGUUAAGAGUAAAAAAGAAAGAAAACAGAUUAGCAUGAGACAGUUCUUUGCAUUUCGAAUUCAGGAGAGGAAAAACGAGUCAAAGACCCUUCUGCAUUCUAGACGCCUAUUCCAGCAGUUCUUGGUUGAUUCGUAUACUGCCAUCGAGAGCAACCAGCUUGGUUACAUCAAAUACAAUCAAGCGAGUUUAAGGGCAGAGAAUUAUAACACUAUAAAGAAGGUGGCAGAAGCUGGAAAUGUAGAUAUGAAUGAGCAAGGGAGACAGUUUUUUUUACCAAAGUCAUUCACUGGUGGUCCUAGAUAUAUGCGAGAAAACUAUUUAGAUGCAAUGGCUAUAUCUAAACACUUUGGAUUUCCUGAUCUUUUUAUAACUUUCACAUGUAAUCCAAAGUGGCCAGAGCUAACUAGAUUUUUUCAGGAGCGGAAAUUGAAUCCCGAUGAUAGACCAGACAUCCUUUGUAGGGUUUUUAAGAUGAAGCUCGAUUCCCUUAUGCAUGAUUUAACCAAACGACAUAUAUUAGGGAAGACUGUAUCUGCUAUGUAUACCAUUGAGUUCCAGAAAAGAGGUUUGCCACAUGCACAUAUACUGCUAUUCAUGGACCAAAAGCACAAAUUUCCUAAGACAGAAGAUAUAGAUAAAAUCAUAUCUGCAGAAAUUCCAUACAAGAAUGAAGAACCAGAGCUUUAUGAGUUAGUGAAGGACAUGAUGAUCCAUGGACCAUGUGGUGCUGUUAAUCCGAAUUCACCAUGUAUGGAGAAUAGGAAAUGUACUAAAUUUUUUCCUAAGAAGUAUGCUGACGAGACUACUGUCGAUAAGGAAGGCUUUCCAGUGUACAGAAGAAGGGAGACAAAUGAUUAUGUAGAAAAAAACAGAUUCAAAUGUGAUAACAGUUAUGUUAUCCCAUACAAUAAGAAGCUGUUGUUACGCUAUAGAGCACACAUUAAUGUCGAGUGGUGCAACCAAGCUGGAUCUGUAAAGUAUUUGUUUAAAUACAUUACAAAAGGUCAGGACCGUGUAACUGUUGCUGUUUUGCCAAAUAUGCCAGAGGAAGAUGAAGAUGAGUACCAGACUGGAGAGGUUCUAGGGAAAGAGAAUAAGAAACCAGACAAUGAAAUUAAAGAUUAUUUUGAUUGCAGGUAUGUGUCUGCAUGUGAAGCAGCAUGGAGGAUUUUUAAAUUUAAUAUUCAUUACCGGUCUACACCAGUUGUGAAACUAAGUUUCCAUCUAGAGGGUGAGCAUCUGGUUUAUUUCAAGGGUGAUGAUGAGGCUGAAGCAAUUAUGAAUCGAGAUACGGUCGAUAAUUCCAUGUUUCUAGCAUGGAUGAAUCUUAACAAGGUUAGCUCUAUUGCUAGGUCACUAACUUAUCCAGAAAUACCUAACAUGUUCACAUAUGAUUCAAAAGAGAAACAGUUUAAUCUAAGACAAAAGAGGGGACCCAGAAAUUUUGAUGAGAUCAAGACUGUUAAUGGAGUGGUUUAUACAGAAUAUAAAGAUGCAUGUUUUGCUUUGGGUUUGCUAGAUGAUGACAAAGAAUACAUCGAGGAUUUAGUUAGAACAGGCUAUUGGGGUAGUGGAAGCUUGGUUAGGCAAGUUUUUGUUGUCAUGCUUUCUUCAGCUAUAUUACUUAGGCCUGAAUUAGUUUGGGCAAAGACAUGGGAGUUGCAGUGUGAAGACAUUCAAUUCAUUAGAAGGAAAGCACUAGACAGACCAGAGUUAGUUUUAUCUGAUGAAGAGAAAAAGAUAUUUGCGCUACAAGAUAUAGACAUUAGACUUAAAAGAAAUGGGAGUUGUCUUGCUCACUUCAAGUCAAUGCCACAGCCACCUAGACGGAGUAUUAGUGACUCUAACGUGUUGAUAGUUGACGAGAAAAACUAUAACCGUGCUGAACAGGCAGAGAAACAUGCUGGCUGGAUAGAGAUGAUGACUCUAGAACAGAAAAAAGUAUACUCGGAGAUAAUGGAUGCUGUAUUAACUAAAAGGGGAGGAGCAUUCUUUGUAUACGGAUUUGGUGGUACUGGUAAAACGUUUUUAUGGAAAACACUAUCUGCUGCAUUAAGGAAAGACGGUGAGAUUGUCCUAAAUGUUGCAUCCAGUGGUAUAGCAUCGCUUUUAUUAGCAGGAGGUAGGACUGCUCAUUCUAGAUUUGGGAUUCCAUUAAUUUUGGAUGAGCUUUCAACAUGUAGAAUGAAACCAAGUUCAGAUUUAGGGAAAUUGGUUAGAGAAGCUUCUCUAAUAAUCUGGGACGAAGCACCUAUGAUGAGUAAGUACUGUUUUGAGUCAUUGGAUAGAAGCUUGAAGGAUGUUGUUGAAAAUGGUCAUAGCAAACCUUUUGGAGGAAAAGUUGUAGUAUUUGGAGGAGAUUUCAGACAAGUUCUUCCAGUCAUAACUGGUGGUUCUAGGACAGAAAUAGUUAUGGCUACAUUAAAUUCAUCAUAUCUUUGGGAUCAUUGCAAAGUACUAAAACUUACAAAGAAUAUGCGUCUGCUGGCAAAGAAUAUCAGUGUUGAAAAGGCGACCGAAAUUAAAGAAUUUUCAGAAUGGAUAUUGGAUGUCGGAGAUGGAAAAAUUGCAGAGCCAAAUGAUGGGGUAGCAGAAAUAGAUAUUCCUGAAGAUUUGCUUAUUACAGAAGCCACUUAUCCUAUAGAAGCUAUAAGCAAAGAGANGGGAGUUGCAGUGUGA